AUGACUGUGGAGAUAAGGAAUGGGACAACAGUUCCAGAGUUUGCCCUGGAGGGCUUUCCUGCUGUCCAGCACCUGGGGAAUGUCCUCUUCCUGGUGCACCUGGUGGCAUACUUGGCCUCCAUCACAGGAAACACACUCAUAAUCACCAUCACCUGGGCUGACCAUCGCCUCCAGACUCCUAUGUACUUCUUUCUCAGCAGUUUCUCCUUCUGUGAAUGCUGCUUCAUCACCACAGUUAUUCCUAAACUGCUGUCCAUCUUUCUUUUGGGACCUCAGACAAUUCACUUUACUUCUUGUCUUGCACAAGCGUUUUCUUUUUUAUUUCUUGGGUCAACGAUUUUCUUCCUCAUGGCUGUGAUGUCCUUGGAUCGAUACCAGGCCAUUUGCAAGCCUCUACGAUACCCAACCAUCAUGAGCUUGAGGGUUUGUUUCCUUCUGGUUGUCUUCUGCUAUACUUUGGCUUUCAUCUUCAUCACUGGUCUGGUUCUGAAGCUUUCCCGGUUAUCCUUUUGUGGCUCCAAUGUCAUCCCUCACUUCUUUUGUGACUUUGGCUCCUUAAUUCAUCUCUCCUGUUCUGACACCAGAUCUCUUGAAAUGCUGGCUUUUUGUCUCGCUAUGUUGAUCAUUUUUACAUCCUUCAUCAUCACCAUCAUUGCGUACGGCAACAUAGUAGUCACAAUUGUGCGUCUCCCGUCAGCCAAGGAGAGGCAGAAAGCUUUUUCCACUUGCUCCUCUCACCUCAUUGUCCUCUCUCUGAUGUAUGGCAGUUGUGUCUUUAUAUAUGUUAAACCAAAGCAAAGAAGCAGGUUGGACUCCAACAGAGAGGCUGCCCUUGUGAACACUGUGGUGACACCCCUGCUGAACCCUGUCAUCUAUACCCUGAGAAACAAGCAGGUGCACCAGGCUCUGAGGGAGGCUCUGUCCAGGCUGAAGUUGCAGAAAUAG